AUGUCGCCUGUGCUGUCAUCAACAGAUAGUGAUUAUUCUGGUAUUUCAAAUAUAUCUACGCAGAUAGAGUCUCUGCAAAUGAAGUUGAAUCCAAUCAUAGAAAAGUCAGCAUCUUCUAACAAAAAUACAAAUAAGGAAACAAAAUUGGCAAGACCAGGAUCUACUACUGCAAGUAGUUCGUCGUCGACACGUAAAGCUCCUGUUGAUUUGCUUUUUGCAUCGGCACCACCAGCAGUAGAUCAUACCAGUGAACGUACACGAGCUAAAUAUGAAGAGGUGGUUCAAAAUUCUGGUCUAUUUCAUAUUGAUGGAGAGCGAAAAUUUAUCGAACAGAAAGAUUUUGUAAAGCAAAAUUUACUUGGUUCUGGCUCAUGUGGUACAGUAUUUAAAAUGGAAUAUAAACCAAGUCAAACGAAAUUAGCUGUUAAAGUCAUGCGUCGCACAACAUCGGAUGAAGAAAAUAAACGAAUUAUAAUGGAUCUAGACGUUGUUGUGAAAAGCUAUGAUUGUUCAUAUAUUGUUCGCUGUUUUGGUUAUUUUAUACGAGAAACAGAAGUUUGGAUAUGUAUGGAGUUAAUGGCAACUUGUUUUGAUAAACUUCUUAAACAUAUUCAACAAUGUAUACCUGAGUGUAUUCUUGGCAAAUUAACGUUUUCUACUGUUACUGCAUUAUCUUAUUUGAAAGAAAAACAUGGAAUUAUGCAUCGAGAUGUUAAACCGUCGAAUAUUUUGAUUGAUGAACAGGGCAAUAUCAAGUUAUGCGAUUUUGGUAUCAGCGGUGUACUUAUUGAUUCCGUGGCUAAAUCAAGAAAUGCUGGUUGUGCUGCAUAUAUGUCACCAGAACGUAUUAGUCCAUCAACUCAAGAUAAACCUGAUUAUGAUAUACGAGCUGAUAUUUGGAGUUUAGGAAUUUCACUUAUUGAACUUGCUACAAAUGCUUAUCCAUAUCAAAAUUGUCGAAAUGAUUUUGAUGUUAUGUCACGUAUCGUUACGGAAGAUUCUCCUAAAUUGUCUAAUGAUCUUACAUUUUCUGAUAAUUUUCGAUCUUUUGUUAAUACAUGCUUAGUCAAAGAUUAUCGACAACGACCAAAGUAUGGUCCAUUAAUGCUUCAUUCAUUUUUUGUCGAAUCAGAGAAACAAUCCGUUGAUGUUGCUGAAUGGUAUCUGAAAGUUACCACCGCUAAAAAUGAACAAAAACAGUAA